UGUCAAGGAAAAUUUUGAGUUUUCAGGCACACUUGUGUUAGACACAUGUUUGGCUCAGCUGCAAAACAAUGGUAGCAGUACUGACAGCUGCAUUGAUGUCUGCCGCCGAGAUCUCCAAUCUUUGCUCCGCCUUGGGGGUCAUCAUAUGCUUUGUGUGUAUGGUUGUUUUUAUUCUAAGGCUGCAAGGAGAGGACUUCAUAGGCACCUCAGUGACCCACGUGGCACAGCCUCCUGUAGCGCAGGUGGCCGUGCAGAAGGUGUCAGUUCCCUUUUCCAUAGAGAUUCAGGACCCUUCUGCAGCCUCGUAUAAUGAUAUCCAGUUAAAAGUGCGGAGCGAGGUGGCCUAUGUAAGACGAAGUUUCUGGGGUGUUCCCUCUGACCAGCUUCACUCACUCUUGAAUGGCACUUGGCCUGCGUUUCUUAGACUGAUUGUUGAGCAGCCUGUGGUUGAGGCAGAUGUUGUGGAGGAGUUUUGCAGAGAGGAUGAUACUGAGAUUGUGGGUAAUACCAAGCACUUCCAGUUUAAAGGCAAUCCCAAGGACCUGAUGCUGGGGUCUCCUCCUCGCAAGAAAUAUCCCCUUGUGGUUUGCAUUGUGCGUCAGGAUGCUCAUGCAGAAGUUGAUCCUUCAAAUGUGGGUGCACUGAUCUGCAUCAUCCACAUCAAGGACUCAGAGUGCCAAGUACCCACUUGCAUCCUCCACCAGUAUCUGAAGCAGUAUUCAGGGCAGCUCACCAGACUCCAGGCUUUAUACACCCAGGGUAACAAAACAAAUGAGAAUGUGGGGAAAACAAUGCCAUCUUCAGAACAGAGUAGUUCUGAGGCUGAGAAUGCCACAACAGCCAAUAAGGAUGCAAAAGAAGAGAUGGAGGAAGUAGAAGAAGAAGCAGAAGAAGAAGAGGAUGAUGAUGAAGUGCCAAUAGAGGAAGCAUGUGUUGUGUGUCAGGUAAAACGCACAUCGAGGGCCCUCCUACCAUGUCGGCAUGUCUGUGUCUGCAACACCUGCUGUGGGAGGCUAAACAACUGCCCUAUGUGCCGUGCAAGGAUACUCAGUUACUUCCUUGUGGCUCCUGAGAGUGCAGAUGACUUUGAAAGCACAGAGGUUGAGAUCCAUGAUACCCCAUCUCUUUGGCAGAGAGUGUGCAAUGUGAUAACAGAUAUGAUGCCGGGUGACAUGUAGCAAAUAUGGUUUUGUGCUCAUCUGGGUCUAACUUUUUAUUUCUUCUUAAGUUUGCAAGUUUUAUUGAUAGAUUUGUAAAGCUGGUUGCAGUACAAGUUUGCAUCCUUUUUUCAAAUGUGUAUGUACAUUCCUAGUGCGGAUUUCUUUUUUUUUCUUUUGUUUUAGUAGUUUACUAUUACUGGUGCUUCCAGUAGGUGCAUAUCUGCAAGAAGGCACCAAAGAUCCUUUACAUAUGUAUAUAUUGUUGAUUAUAAUUAAAAAAAAAUAACAGUGCAUCAUUCAUAACUAUUAUGAAUAUGGUUAUAUAGUGGAUAUAAGAGAGAGAAAAAAAAAAAGUUAUUUGAUGCUAUUACAUAGCACAGACUUUUUUCAUACUGAUACUUAUGAAAUCCCAGAUGAUUUUGAGAUACUGAGCAAACUCCGCAUUACAUAAUUAUGUGAAGUAUGUUGCAGGAUAGGUCAUGACUCAAUUCCAAGGCCUGACUCAAUUUCAAGUUAUUGUUGAAGAUGAUUGUGUUCCCAUGCUUGCUCCAGCAAAACAACCAAGACCUUAAUUAUGCAACCUAUUUCUCUCUGAGGGCCAAAGUAGAGUGCCUGCCUGUGAUAUCUUGAAGUCAGUGACCAACCAGCACUUCUCCCUUUGUGACUAUUUAUUUUUCUUUGUAUAUAAUUUUGCUAUGCAAUUUAGUCCAACUGCAAAAAGAAAAGAGCAACUGGAGUUCCAUGCAUCAUCAAACACGCUCACAUUUUCCUGUUUGGUAAUGGUGUGUUGUAUAUAGGAGUAUCAAAUCCUCAAAUCUAUUGCUUAUAAUAUCAGAUUCCUUUUGCACAAUGAGUUAAUCCAUUUAUGAAUGGCAAAGACCGUUGAAUAGACAGUAUAUCAUGGCAUUAGAAUCUAGUAGCUGUGUUUAGUUUGGAACAAAGAAAAGGUGUUUUAAAUUGGAAAAGAAGGCAAUAUAUGUUUUUGUGUGUAGAUUAAAGUAUCUAGUCAGACUUUAAGAAUAGGAAUAAAAAUGGCUUUCUUUAUCAAGGUGAUAAUAUAAAAAAGAAGGAAAUGUAAUAUAGAAAGAUCUGUAUAUUGUAUUUAGAUGUAUUUUGUUAUAUGAGUUUUAUAUAAAAUUUAUUUAUAUACUCUACAGCAGAUGGUAGAAUAAUUUUUCUUAUCUUCCUCCCAAAAAAACAAUUUUGUUUUGGAAAUUCGGAAGGAUUUCACCAUUGGUUCAUAGAUUUUUAUUUUUAUUUUUUUUGUAGCAGAAGGUUUUGCCCUUAUUGUUGUUAUGAGUGCUAUGCAAUGAAUUCCUAUUACACCAAACAUUAAUAACAUUUUUCUAAAUAUAACCUAAAACUAUGUGACUUGAGGUGUGUAUUUAUAUGCAUGGAUGAAUACCAUACAAGUUCUUGAUUAUUUUAAAAUCUUUUCUUUUCCUGUCUCCUAUUUUAGGAAAAUAGCAUGAAAGUUUAUUUCACCAAAACGGUAUAUGUUCUUUCAGUGAAAACUGAAUAUUGAAAAAGGGUAUUGUUAAUUUUUUUUUAGGUAUAAAAAAUAAUUUAUAUUCUAGGUAAGGUGCUGAAUGUUGAAGAUUUAAAACGGGAAUGAAAAAUACAUGAUUUAUAGCAAUAUGAAUAUUGGUGUGAAAGAAGUUUUUUUUUUUUUUUUUUUUUUGUUAAUUAUGAAAUUAUUUGUGGGUGCAAUCCUGUAUAAGUGAUUAUUAACAGUGGCUAAAUUUAAUUUGUAUUUUGAGAGCAAUAAGCUACUUGAAAAACU